AUGGCGGACAUCCUCACACAGCUUCAAACAUGCCUUGAUCAGCUGGCGACCCAGUUCUACGCUACUCUCUGCUAUCUCACGACCUACCAUGACCAUUCACCUGCCAUACCCCCAUCAAACGUCCCAACCGCCAUCCCACAACUGAAGAAAAUACCAAAGAACGCGCCCCCAAACGCUCCAGCUGCUCAGCCGGCCUCAGGGCAAGCGCAAGGACAGGAUCAAAAGGGUCAGACUCCCCAGCAGCAGCAACAGCAAGGGGGAGAUGCUGCUGGAGGAGCACAAGAACAGAACAGAGAUCUUCCGCCACGGCCUGAUUCGCCGAAUACGUUUGCCCAGCGACAGAGAGAACUAGCCAGGGACUUGAUUAUAAAAGAACAGCAGAUCGAGUAUCUUAUUAGUGUGCUUCCUGGCAUUGGCAGUAGUGAGGCAGAGCAGGAAGCUAGGAUACGGCAGCUCGCAGAUGAGUUACGGGAGGCGGAAAAGAUACGCAAGCGGAAACGGAAACAGAUGAAGAAACUUGCUGAAAAAGUUGAUGGGUUGUUGGAAGCUGUUAGCCGAGGGAUAUAA